AUGUCAUUACGUGAUUCAGUAGAUUAUGCGUCCCAAGACCGUAUCAGUCAAAUUGCUCGUACUUACUGGCUUACGACCCAACAAUCAGUAAAAUGUAGUCAAUCAACAACGACAACAGAUAAAGAUGUAUACAGACCUUUCCAGCCAAAAGUAGUUGAACGAAUUUAUCGUGAGGAAUUACUCUCUUCUGGAUUUUCACAUCGGAGGUGCUUAGGUCUUGAAUUGAAUCAGUAUUUGGAGCAAUGGCUUUGGCCACACUUCAAUGCAGAUACUAGUAGUCGUUCACAUGUUCUGUCAAUAUGUGCAAUGGUUAAUGAGAAAGCUCGUGGUCGUGUCCCAAUAUGGCCGACCUUUGUAGCAACUGCAGAUAAAUUCAGUGGACUUAUUCAACGUGUACUGCAUAUUCUGCUUGAUGAGUCUUCACAGAUACUUGCUGCCAAUCCAUUGAUCAGUGGUGUAACUACAAAAUCUUCCGAUACUGAUCAAGUUAACGCUGAUAAAAAACAAAAGUCUGAAGAGUCAUUGGAUUCAGUUCAACAGAAAAAAUGUAUCCUGGAACAUAUAGUCCUUAUUAUCUUUUUAUCACAUUGUUUUACAAACCUAGCUGAAGUUGGCGUCCUACGACGUAGUCUUCGUGAAUUGUACAGUUUAGCUAUAUGGCAAGAUCAUCUUCAACCGGGUCGAUUAAGUGUCGAGUUGAAAUCACAUCCACGAUAUGCACGUUUACUGAAAAAAUUACAAAAAUAUCGUGAUACCAAGAUUACUGCUGAGGAAAGAGAUAAUAUGAUUUUUCAACAUUCAUUUAUUCCACGAAUUUUGGAUGUGUUUUUAACUUUAUUGAAUUCAAUACCUGAGAAAGAUGAAAAUAAGCCUAUAGAACCUUUGCUGAUCCACUACUUGGAACGUUUCAUUUUAUUGUUAAUUGAUUUGGAAAGCAUGCUGCUCACUCGUCGUAUUCUCAAUGUGGUUCUAGACGAUAGGCACGUUGUUGUAUAUUGUCAAAAGUCUGCUCUCAUUAAACGUCCAGAUGGGAAAUUGUUUUCAGAACUAGUUGAUCUGCUUGCAUUCUAUGCACACUUUCAUAUCGAUGAAAGUACUGGUGAGCCAUUAGAUGACUCAGAAAUGGAUAAAAGGCAUUGUGCAAAAAUCAGUAAUCUACAGUUAAAAACUUUUGCAUAUCAUAAAGAUAAACUCCUACCAUUUUCUGUUUCACAUCCUGCUGGUAUUGAAACUGGACAACUAUUGCGUAAACAUUUGUCAGUUUUGGAUAAGGAUCAACUCUAUCACUUGGCAUCUUGUUUUGGUCUAGUUACCCCAAAGAAGAAAUUGGAUCAAGAUGUUGAUAAGUCACAUGAUAAUAAUUCUGAUGGUCAACCACCACCUGAAAAGCGAACUCGUGUAGAUGAAUGUAACACUAUGAAUCAGUUUAAUCUAGAAUCUUUGAGAGAUAGACUUGAGUCCAGACUGAUGGACAAAGAUAUGAUAAUUCGAAUUUUAAUUCAUCAUUUUGCUCGUCGUCAGUCAGAAUUGGAGUACAUUAACAGUCUAUCACUGUAUCCUACUGAAGAAUUGAUUUGGGAUGAGAAUCAUGUCCCAUCAGAAUAUUAUUCUGGUGAAAAUUGUUUGGCACUACCGAAAUUGAGUUUACAAUUCUUAACUUUACAGGAUUAUUUAUUGCGAAACUUUAAUUUGUUUCGUUUAGAGUCAACGUAUGAAAUUCGACAGGAUAUUGAAGAUGCUAUUGUCCGGUUGAAAGCAUGGCGUGGGGAAUUUGGUCAAGCUGUUUUCGAUGGUUGGUCAAGAAUGGCUUUACCAAUACAAGCAUUCAAUAUUGUUGAAGUAGCCAAGCCAGAUUUGGGUUCCAAGCAUCCAGCACGUGUACGUGCUGACGUCCGUGUAGCUCUUGCCGGCCUUCGUCCAGAGAUUCGUAAAGAAUGGCUUGGUUUACGACGACACGAUCCAGUUUUCUUAGUUACCAUAAGGCCAACUCAACCACAAGGAUGGAAAUUUAACUUCAAUGAACCAUUUGCUCCACAAGUUGGUCUACAUUAUGUUCGUGGUUGUGAAAUUGAAGGUCAAGUUGAUAAAGAAGGCAAACUGGUACCAGAUGAAGAACGCUUAGGCUUUUUACCAUUGAAAGGUGAAAAGCCAAGUUUAGUUGAAACUCUGCCAACAUGGCGUGUACGCUUAGAUCCUGUACAAUAUCAAGUUGAUUUAGACCGUUUAAAAGCUGAACAAAAGCGUGGUGAAGUAAUACGAUCUAAAGUGAUUCGAGCGAAACGUGAAGGACGUACAGCUGAAGAGAUUCAAGUGUUGCAAGCUCAAGCAGAAGAAGCUGAUCAAUCAGCACCGGAAGACUUAUACGAUACAUUCAAUGUUUUAAUUAGACGAAAACCGAAAGAAAAUAAUUUUAAAGCUGUACUAGAAACAAUAAGGGAUCUUAUGAAUAUUCGAUCUGUGGUACCGGAAUGGUUAUUAGAUUUGUUGAUGGGUUAUUUAGAUCCUGCUGCUGCACAUUAUACACACCGUCCAGAAGUUUAUGAACCAAAACAAAACUGGUUCGAUACAUUUUUAUCUCCAGACCAUUUGAGGAAAUCACUAUCCCAGUAUAACGUACAGUUUAAAGAUAAACGUCAAAGCCGAAAAUGGAAAUCUAACAGUCAAAAUGAAAACUCUGAAAUGACUGGUCCCACAGACCCACCAGGACCACCUUAUCGACUUAUUUUCCCAAAAUUGGAAGAUGAUCCAACUGCAAAAGUUGAAGCAGUGAUCCCGGCGGAUAUGAUCAUACCGAAUCCUUCAGGUGACGACAGCGAACCAAAUACUUCUAAUAAUCCAUCGAAAAAUGAUGAGAAACCGUGCUUGAUCGUUGAAGCUUACGAUCCUCCUCUUCAUCCACCCUGGAAUAUACUUGCUCAAGCUGGAGGUCAUUUGCCCAACAGUUUUUCAUUCAUCGGAUCCAAGCUUGGUAAUCGAGUACCUUUCACAUCGGCACAAGUGGAAGCUAUUCGUUCUGGUAUGCAAUGUGGCUUGACUUUGGUAGUUGGCCCACCUGGCACUGGGAAAACAGAUGUAGCUGUACAAAUUAUUCAUAAUUUGUAUCAUAAUUAUCCAAAUCAACGAAUUCUUAUUGUAACACAUUCAAAUCAAGCUUUAAAUCAGCUGUUUGAAAAAAUUAUCGCUUUAGAUGUCGAUGAACGUCAUCUUCUACGUUUGGGUCAUGGUGAAGAAGGUUUAGAUACAGAGAAAGAUUUUUCACGUUAUGGUCGAGUGGAUUAUAUCCUCGCUAAACGUAUUCAUCUUCUACAAGAAGUUACACGUUUAGCAAAAACUUUAAAUCCAUCCUCAGCUGUUCCACAACUAUCAACUGAUCUACCUGAUUCAGAUACAACUGAUCCAGUCAAUAACUUUCAUCUACAAACUUGUGAAACAGCUCAAUAUUUUUAUGUUCAAGAGGUUCUAUCACGUUGGGAAGACUUUAUUAGCAAGGUGGCUUCUAGUACUCCGCAUUUAAUAAAUUCAGCGCAACAAAAUCAAUCAUUAUCACAAUUACCCACAGAUGUGACUUAUGAUCCGAGCUUACUUCGAAAUGGGUUUCCGUUCACAGAAUUUUUCACUGGUCAAAAAAAUCCUUCAGAAGAAAUUAUGUGUCAACUAUUUCCUGGUCGCAAUCUUUUAGAAGAUGUCGCUUUAGCUCAAGCUUACUUUCGUCAUUUACACUCAAUAUUUACACAAUUAGAUGAAUUUCGAGCAUUUGAAUUAAUGCGAACUGGAACUGAACGUGCCAAUUACCUAUUGAUACAAGAAGCUAAAAUUAUUGCAAUGACAUGUACACAUGCUGCAUUACGUCGUAGAGAUUUAGUUCAAUUAGGAUUCACCUAUGAUACAAUCUUGAUGGAAGAAGCUGCACAAAUCUUAGAAAUUGAAACAUUUAUCCCAUUACUUUUACAGAAUCCUGAUAUAUCAGGCAGAAAUCGAUUAAAACGAUGGAUUAUGAUUGGUGAUCAUCAUCAAUUACCUCCAGUUGUUAAAAAUCAAGCAUUUAAUAAUUAUUCUAAUAUGGGUCAAUCAUUAUUUGCACGUUUAGUGAAACUUGGUGUACCGACUGUACAAUUAGAUGCACAAGGUCGUGCUAGACCUUCACUUUCACGUUUGUAUAGUUGGCGUUAUGAUCGAUUGACAGAUUUACCACAUACACUAAAUGAACCAUCAUAUCGUUUAGCUAAUCCAGGCUUCAGAUAUGAUGUACAACUUAUCAAUGUUGAAGAUUAUAAAGGUAUCGGUGAAUCUGAGCCAAGUCCAUAUUUCUAUCAAAAUUUAGCUGAAGCAGAGUAUAUUGUUGCAGUUUACAUGUAUAUGCGUAUACUAGGUUAUCCAGCUGAAAAAAUCACAAUACUCACUACAUACAAUGGUCAAAAACAUUUAAUUCGUGAUGUGAUAACUGCACGUUGUGCACAAAAUCCAUUGUUAAACAGUCCGAGUAAAAUAACAACUGUUGAUCGUUUUCAGGGUCAACAAAACGAUUAUGUAUUAAUUUCAUUAGUACGUACACGUACUGUUGGUCAUCUACGUGAUGUUCGACGUUUAGUUGUUGCAUUAUCUCGUGCUAGACUUGGAUUGUAUAUCUUUGCUAGAAUUGAUCAAUUCUCAAAUUGUCCAGAAUUAAAACCUGCUUUCGAUUUAUUAUUGAAUCGUACUGGUCAUAUAUCAUCAGUUGGUGAACAAAUGAAACCAAUUCACUUACAUUUAACACCAUGGGAAGUAUGGAUUGAUCCACGUAGUCCGAUAGCACUUGCUACUCAACGUAUGCAAUCCGAUAGUCUUGAUCGAGCACCAUUAAUCAUUAAGGAUAUGCCUCAUAUGAGCAGUUUUGUUCGUGAGUUGUACGAUCAAAAACUGGAAUAUUUGAUGACUCAAUUACAGAAACAACAACAAACCAAAACAAAAUUGCCAACCACUACCACAACCGCACCCGAUUUCACUUCUACUACAGUGACUGCUAUUACCACAACAGCUGUAUCGCCUACUUCUACUGUCGCCAAGGUAAUGACAUCUAUUUCAGAAUCAAGUGAAGUACAUCAAGAAGAACAAAAAAUGGAUGUUGAAGAGGAUAGUAUGA